CGGAGUUAUUUUGGACAGAUGACAAUCCAAUAGAUCAGAUAACAUUACUGAAAUUUAAUAAACUGGAUCGACAUAAAGAAUGCCAAUUUUGUGUAUACAGAAAUGAAAGGGAUAUUUUCUGCAGCUAAAAAGGGUGAUCUGGCUUUCAUUCAGUCACAAAAUAUUGACGAAAGCACGACAGACGAUGAUGGGGCCAAUUGUUUACAUUAUGUUUGUAGGGUUGGGAACGUGACGUUAGCUGAAUAUCUUAUAAAUACAAAAAAGUUUAACGUGUCGAAGAAAACAAAAUUCGGAUCUACUGCCUUCCAUGAGGCAGCGGCGUCAGGGAGUUUGGAAAUUGUGAAAUGGUUGUGGACCAAUACUCAAGUAAAUAUUGAUGAAGGUGACGAUGUUGGAGCCACGCCCCUUCAUAUUGCCUCAUUAUAUGGACAGCUUUUGGUUGUGCAUUGGAUUAUAAACAAUACUAGCUGUGAUCUCUUGUUGAAGACUAAAAAAGGGGCUACAUGUCUCCACUUUGCAGUAGUUGGAGGGAAUUUGAAGGUUGUCAAACUUAUUCUGACUGAAAUACCUCGGUCCAUCAAUUUACAGCUUGAUAAUGGAGCAACACCUGCAUACCUCGCUUGUCAAUAUGGACAUCUAGAAAUACUCAAAUAUUUGGUGGAGAAAAAUGCAAAUAUGAAAAUGAAAUCUUUUGAUGGAAUGUCUUAUGUACACGCAGCUUCUCAAGGAGGACAUUUAGAGAUUGUUAAAUGGCUGGUCAAAGAGCAAGAGUGCAACGCCAACGACCGUGACCUCGACGGUGCUUCCUGUCUUCAUUUCGCAGCAACAAAUGGACGUGCGUCUGUUGUGGCAUGGAUGAUCAAAGAUGGUGGCGCAAAAGUGACAUUAGAUAAUCUAGGAGGAAGUCCACUGCACAAUGCGGCAGAACUGGGCCAUGUAGAGGUGAUUAAGGCUUUGUUAGACAACGGAUGUGAUGUCAAUAUAACGGACAAUGACGGACUAACAGCAGCAGAAUUAGCCGAGAAGUGUCAUCAGUCCGGUUGUGCUGCUCUCAUACGCGGAGAGUUUCCAUCAUCUGACUUCUUAGUUCAAGAAAACUCGGACAACAUAACCAAUAGUAACGGUAUACAUCAUCUGAAUACUAGCAACCACACUAACCAAUCAGAUCGCCAGAAACCUUCUAACAUCCGGGCAUCUGAUAGUUUCUCUAACCACUUUAAUCAUUAUCCUACUUACAACCGUGCCUCACAAAGUAACUUCAGCCAAUCAGAUCACGACUCUUUAACUAAUAACAACUCAUCCAAGACGCAUGACUCACUGAACCCAAACGACAGGCACGUGACUUCGGAAGCAUGUGAUAACUCGCACUACGUCCACCAGGAGCCCCCUGUUCACAUUCCAGAACGAGACUAUCCCGAGGACGACGACUCGUUGUCAAGCACCGAAAGUUUUACAACCCACUCAGCACCAACUUAUAAUUACAAAUCGCAUCAGAUCAACCCAGAAAACUACGAACCACCAGACUUACCUCCGGAUACAAUUUCAGAAAAAGAUUCCGAGAACGGCAGUCCAUUUUCUUUGGAUAACACCGACAAGGUAUUAUCCGAAACAGACAUUAGGACACAAAGUGUCAAUGGUACAGAUAACAAUCAUAAAGAGGGAGAAAGUGAAACUGUUGUAGAAGAUAAUAUUUCUGCUGGACAGGAUAGCGAUUUAUCGUCUGAAACAUCAACAUUGUCGUCUGCUUCAAGAUAUGAUGACGUAAGCAAAAAACAGAAGACGACUGACAGUUCUGUUCAUUUUUCAAGUAACCCUCAUUUUAUAAAUUCGCCAAACGCAUCUACACAAGGAACUCCUGCUAGCUCGCCACAUCGUGUAUCAUCACCGCGUACGUCCAUUUUAUCAAAAGCAACCGGAGACCAAAGCAGUCAGCCAAACUUUGUUUCAACAAAUGUUGAAGAAAAAAGAACUGUGCAAACACUGAAAGAUAGCUUUCAACGCAAAGACACUUCUUCGCGUAUUCCGACUCCUCCUCCGUUUCCCGGAAUUCCACCAAAAAAACCGACUUCCGCUUCAAAUAUUCAACCAAAAGGAGCAAGAAACAUGACACAAACAACAGCUCCUAAAUCUGAUUGGUUAUCAGAGCUUAAACAAUUGCAUGACAGCAAGUCAGAAACAGACUUGCGUGAUACCGGUACAUGUGAUCAAAAUGGCGAUUCUGAUGUUGCACAAAUUCGCGCCAAUGGAAGUGCUGAUUAUGCAGACAAAUAUCGACCAGUAUCGAUGACGAAUGGUGAAGUAAAAAAAUCACUAAGGUCACAGAUGUUAACAACAUCAUCAUCGACAGGAAAUUUAGCGUCAAUGGGCAGUAUGAGUCCUGUAAUCGGUAGAAGUUUAGUGGACGAAUUGAAGAACAAAGACUUGUCCGAUUUAAAAGUAACCAAGAAACCAGGGGAAGGGAAGCAAGUCAAAAUGGUCUUUUCCUUCGGUGAUCCGAGUCCGGUAAAAGUAACACAGAACAAUAGUCCUCCAGUCAGUGCAAAAAAUGGCAAUCAAAAGGAAACAAAACCUAAAUCUCCAGUAUUAAUGGGAGAAUUUGAUCCAAAGAAUUUUAUGGAUAAAGUCCCGGAUUUAGAUCCCGCUGGAGCAAAGUAUCCUGAAUGGAAGAAGCAACUCUUAGCCAGACAGUUGGCAGAGAAAGCAUUACAGGAGUCAGAAGAAAAGAAAAAGCAAGAAGAAUAUGAGGCACGUUUUAAAAACAUGCCAGCAUGGAAACGUCAGAUGAUUGAACGAAAGGAAGCUCAAGCAAAACAAUCUGGAAACAAGUAAAGGUCACAAUGGUGAAGAUUUAUUUGUAGAUAAUAUCUUUUUAAAUUAGAAAAUUGAUGGAACAUUGUUUUUUUUCAAAUAAAAACAAUUACAGGUUAUUGGCUAUUAUAGAGCUACAUAACAUAUCUUCAUGUCAUCUAUGUGCUUCUAGAGAUGUACAUGAACAAUAUCAUCUGAAAUAUAAGCUUGGGGCUGUUCCAUUAAUAUAGAUGUGAGGGGGGAAGGAACGGAAGUUUUAUUUUUAGAUAUGGGUCAUGAGUCGUGGGCUAUUUAUGGUUGUAUGUCCAUUUGAUAUAUACAACUAAAAAAGUGUGUUGGUUGUGAGGGGAUGUAGUAUUUGAAGUCCCUUCCUACCUUCCUACAUCCAUUUUAUUGGAAUAGCCCGAAUGAACAUGAUCAUCUCAAUGUUAUAUUUCCACGUAUGUAUUCAUUUUAGCAGUCCUAAGAAUGUUUCCGGUCAGUACAGGUACUUUUAUCAUGUUUUUGCCUCAUAAUUCACAAAUAUAUUGUAUUUUAUUUUUUCGAUAAGAAGAGAUUUACUUAAUACCAUAUUUUCAUUUUGAUAAAGGUUGCAUUCACUCAAUUAAAGUCCUUAUGGAAUUGGCUUGAUAUUUUUAUUUUCCAGACCUUAUCAUUACUUUUAAGAGCUAAAAACAUAGUGCAUUAGGCAAAGGCAUUCUCUUCAUCCUUCCCGUGUACAUUUCAAGAAAUAGUCAAUGAAUAUGCCAAUACUAUGAAUUUAUACUUUAGAAAAGUAGUAGUAAAAAUGAGACAAGAUUAGAUUUACAGCUGUCAGAGAAGUACAUUUUAUCUCUGUUCCUAAUACCAUGUGCAAUAUGAACUGUAAUUACAUUGAGACGUCUGAGUUCAGAAGACACAAGACAAUUGCAAUAAAGAUGCACACGUUUAUUCAUGAAUUUAUAAUUAUGGGACAUUUACAAUAUUUACAUUCAUGUUCACUUUUGUCUGCUCUUCAAUGUUAUAUCAUAGAAACUUAACUUCAAUCUCAAAUAUGUUAGUUAUUUUAGAAAUUGUGAUCUAAAUGAUGUGAAUAAAAAUGGUUGAGAAAAAUAAAAAAAUGAUAUUAUUCAUAUUCACAAUGUAUCACAUCAACAGAAACUUAUUUUUCUAUUAUUUUUUUAAAUAUUCUUUUCUUAUGUAUGCUUUACUGGGUUUUAAUAAGAGCCUGCUCUAAUUUGACAAUCAGAAUUGUGAACAAGAAGGGACAAAACAUUUAGCAAGAUAUAACAGUUAUGUUCAAGCAUUACAUAUAAUAUAGUUUUAACAAAAAAGUUUGCAAUUCAAAAGUGAAAUUAUUCAUUAAAAUUGAAUAAGAUAUUUUGAAUUAUCUUUCAAUAUAAAUUGAAAAAUUGCAAUGUUUUGUAAAGUUAGACUCUAAAAAUUAUGAUGCUUAUAUUGUCCAUUUUGGAUGUAAAUAUCAUAGACUAAAGAAAUAUAUGUAAGUUUCCUACAAAAUGGAUUUCCUAAGUUCUUAAAUGUUUUUUGUAAACAUUUGAAAACUAACAAAUAUGCAUUAAUAAUUGUAAGGUCAGAGUUUAUUGCAAUGUUUGUAUUAUUGAGAAAAAAUGUAAUGUGAUUGCACUGAUUAAGGCUUGCAUUUAAUAUGUUUAUCACAUUAUAUGUAUGAAACAUUUCAUGAAAUCGCAUUAGUUAUUCCCCAAUUUUUGUCGGCUUAUCAUCAAUCGCAAUAAUAAAUCCCAACAAAAAUUCCAGUAUUAACUAUUCUACACUUCAUUGUAAGCUAAUGGCAAUCGUUUAGAUUUUAUGUUAUACCAGUAUGCAAAUAUAGAACAGAAACAAACAAGAAAUUUCUGCAACAGCAUCUUUUUAAGAAAAACUUGGAUCAUUGAAGUUAAUAAAUACAUUUCCCUAAUGGAUCCAGGAUUUUUAAAAAGGGAGGGGCAAACAUUCGACCUAAAAAGAGGGCAGCAGUAAAAAAAUCAAAGCCGAUAUUUCUCUACUCAUUACUUUGUUAGGAAAAACAACAUAUACCAAUACAAAAUAACUAAUCAAGUUAUUGUUAGCACACGAAAUUAGAAAACCUUAUUAAAAACCUUAAAAUUUGACCACUUGCAUAGAACCAAUAGUUGGAGUGUUUUUUGUUAGGUUUCUUUUUGAAUUGUUUGAAUUGUUUGAAGUUAAUGACUUUAUGAUAUUUAUUGAUUGUUAUUGUGCUGUAUAUAUUAUGUUUAUGCAAUAUUGUGUAAUUUGUUAUGUUUUUAAUGCCACAACAUUGUAUGUCUGAAGCAAAACUUAAAGAGAAAUUAUGAAAAUUUGCAAGGUACUUGCUUAACACUUAUCGUACAGAGAUCAUAUGAUUUCCAAACUUGAAACAAGGUUAAACGGUCAAUACUUGACCAGAGUUUCAAUUUCAGUAAUUUUGGAUGUAUAUGAUAAGGAGAGUAAUAAACUAUGAACCUCAUUAAUUUAGUGAGGAAAGUUUCAUGUAUACAGUGACUCCAUAAUUUUGCUGGUCCAUGACCUUGCAUUGACUUUUUAAGGAAGAUGUGCUGCAUAGUAAACUAAGGGAAUGUUAUUUUUAAGUGGUAAUUGAUUUCCAGAACGUCAUUUGUCACUACAAGAUUUUAAACAUGAGUUGACAAUUAGCAUAUAUAGAAAAGCUGUACAAUUUAAGAAGUUAAAAUUGGAAUGCUGUUAAAAUAAAAGUUAAAUGUUGAGUAUAUCAUAAUUUUGAAUUUGUUGUUUGACGUCUGAUAUGAAGGAGUUGUGUUUUGUUGUUAUUAUUAUUUGUCUCAAGCUGUGCUGUAAAUGUUUUUAGGAUGUACUUGGGUGAGGUUUAUGAAUUUUUGUCAGAUGUUCGGACUUUGUGGGUUUUUUCCUAUGAUACAGGGUAAAAUAUUUUGCCCCAUAUCACCCACUUUUCUUUUCAUAGAAGACUUCAAUAGCUCAUAAAAAUGUCAUUACCAAAAUUUAAGCAGAUUCUAGAUUUGUUUUCUUACGAUUUUAGACCCUAUUAAUGCCAAUUCUAAAUAUAAGGUAAAAGACUGAGCCAGCCUUUUCCCGCCAUUUAAAAACAAAUCAAAUAUCUCUCAGUUCCAUAACCUAUCAAUAUUUUUAGCUAAUGUUGUUCCUUAACUAAUAUUCUUCUGACUUAUAGUAUCAAUUUUAAAUUCUAGAUUUUUUAGAUUUCACCUAAGUACAUCCUUAAGACACUAAAGAUUAUUAUAUAAUUUUAGUGCAGUCAGUAACAACAUUAUAAUAACUGAGUAUCAUACACUUGCCAAAAAUAUUUUCAGUAUUUUCAAUAUACAUUAUACACAAGUAUAUUUAUUCCUAUAUACAAUUGUGUUGUUUAGAUGAGUUACUAUAUUGUAAUUAUUAAGUUUAAUCAAAUUCAUUAUUAUCCAUUUGAAUUUUAUACCACAUUGUAAUGCUUUGUCACAUGAAAUAUAUUUAAUGAAUUGAUCUUAUGUUAUUUUUGAAUAAAGAGAAACACACCUCCUGGCUA